AUGGCGAGCGGCAGAGAAGAUCCUGAGGGCCCUGUCGCGGCGCCUGUCCGCCACCGCAUGCACACAGAUGCGCGAGAGGCAAGGCGAGGAGACCAGCGCGAAAGAUUAGAUGGCAAAGAGCGCGAAGGCGAGGAAGGAGGAAGAGAGAGGGAGGACGACUCCUUCGGUGACGAUGGGGACCUGCCGCAUCUGCUUCGCCCACCAUCGCGGCUCUGCAAGAAACGAGAUGUGUGUUUGCUGCUUUCUGGGGACGACCGCGAGGACCUGGGCGUCUCCUUCAACAGAAGAGAACUGAAAUGCGUCUCAAUAGGAACGCCCUGCGUUCAGCAAACUGCGGCCGCCACGGCCUCUUUGUGGGGCGGCGCCCCUGGAGCCUCAGACGCGACGCUGCUUCUCUCCUCUUCAGAUCGCUCGGACUUCUCGCCAGAGAGGAAGCAGACAGUCGCAGCGACAGCGACUAAGGCGGGGACACAAGAAAAACCGACGCUGCUUGUGGAGUCCGACGAAGAAUGGCGAGACAUAACAGAGGAAGACGCACGAGAGAGAAGAGAAAGAAGAGAGCGAAGAGAGAGGAGAGAGAGGAGAGGGAGCAGAGACGCGGCAGAAGGCGCGAGACGGCGAGGACCCAGGAGAGACGAGCCCAACGAGUGUGACGCGCCUAGAGGCCAGGAGAGAGAGAAGAGAAAGAUGCCAGCGGAGAGGGGAGCAAGGGAGGCUCACGUUCGAGAGAGCUUGUUUGAGAACCGAGGCCACCAGGCAAAGGGAACCUCGAAAGGCGGAGAGGUCUUUCGUUCUCUCUCCGCUGCGUUUCGUCCAGGCACCAAGCGCGUGCAGCUGCCAGGGGCGCAGGCGAAGAGAGAGGCGAAGAGAGAGGCGAGAGAGACGGAGGAAAAGAAACCGGUGUCUUUUCGUCGCAGGAGUUCACAGACGAAACCGUCAAGCAGCUGCAGCGAAGUCGAGAGGCAGAAGCCGCAGAGCACUAGCGGAAGGCGAGGCGCGGAGAGGGACGUAUCUCCUGUCUCUGCUUCUGUCCAGGCUUUGUCUCUUUUUCCUCCCGAGUCUCGCGGCUCCAUCCGUGAGUCGUCUCCAACGCUCCGAGCGAGGCGAGGAAGCCGUUCCCGUUUUCUGGGAGCGCGAGUGGCAGAGGCUGCGAGCGACGGAGCAAUUUCCUCUCUUCCCGACAGCGAUUCAGAGUCGGUCCUCGUCCUUCGGUGCUCCUGCUGUGGACGUCCUGCGACGCAAGAUGAAGCACAACGCGACCUCUUUUCUUCUCCGUUUUCUCGUUCUUCUUCGUCUUACUCUUCUUCCUCUCGCUCUUCUUCUCGCGCUUGUUCACUGUCUUCUGCUCUUUCUCCUCCAUUCUUGCCUCCGUUUGCUGCUUUCGCAAGACCUACGGAGAAGGACUGGCUUCGAAGGCGAGCCGCUCGCCGUGGAAAGCCGCCAGUCGCGCAGCCACUGUCUCCGGCCGCCGCCCAGUUCUCCUUCGAGGAGACGCGGAGGAGGCGAAGGGAUCCGACAGACGGGAGAGAAGAAAGCGGCAACAGAGAAGGCGAGAGAGACAGCGAACGAGAAAGGGCAAGAGGGAGGGGAGGGAGGCGAUCUAGAGAGAAGGGAAGCGCGAGCGAAGGCGAGAAAGAACGAGGAGGUGGGCAAAGAGAAAGAGAGCGACACAGAGAAGAAGGAACAAGCGAAAGCGGAGAACGAAGAGAGCGACCGAAGGAAGAAAGAGGAAGAAGGAGAGAGCUCAGGAACUCUGCUGUCCAUCGACGCGAGAGCGCUGAGGCUGGCGAGGAGAGCGACUCUGGUGAGGCUCCCGCGACGCACAACUUGCGAGGGGACCCAGAGCCGCAGAGGGCGCGGAGACCAUCGCCUUCAGGGACUGCGGGAGGCCGAGCCGGCUCUUUGACGAGAGCGGGAGAAAACGACGGUGCCUGUUUCUCUCGCACUCCUUCGCAUGCGUGCGAAGAAACUCUGAAAGAGAAGGACCAAGAGAGCAAAACGCAGCCUCCCGUUCAACAGUCAAACGGCGAAAAAGAAACCGAAUGCAAGUCGCUACCCCAGGCACCAAUGUAUCCCAACGGCCCCUCUUCCUCUGCUUCUUCCUGUUCUUCCUCAUCUUCCUCAUCUGCUUCUGCGUCGUCAUCUGUGCGUUCUUGUAAGAAUCCAGACGUCUCGCUGCCCGGCGGUGCGAGUGAACACAGGUCUCUUUCUGCCUCCUCUGCGGUCGAGGCCUGUGUGCCGCAGUGCCCGUUAGCUGGAGAGAAGGAAGCAAGAAAGAGAGAGACGCCUGGCGUUUUUGUUCGUCGCAUGCAGGCUUCUUUCAAGGACGCCGUCGAGUCGGACUGCCUCGAGGAAACACAAGAGAAGGUCGAGGCGCCUCCAGCGGGGAAAAAAGAGGCUGCGCGCGCAAGACACCUUCGUCUUGCCUUCGACGCAAAAGCGUCUCGCCCCGCAAACAAUGGGCUCUCCUUCGAUCCUCUUCUAGAGGCAGCUGUGACUGUCAGAGACGCUUCCUGGGUGCCUGGCGAAAACAGAGAAGAGAAUCAUCUCCCCACAGGAAUGGACGAGCGUCGAACGACGGAACGGCCGUUCUCACCAGUGUUUCCCUUGCCUAGUCGAUCUCAGUUCUCUUGUCUUCUCCCUUCCGUUGCUACUGAUCCUUCCUUUCCUUCUUCUCUUCCUCCUUCUUCUCUUCCUCCUUCAUCUCUUCCUCCUUCUUCUCUUCCUCCUUCUUCUCUUCCUCCUUCUUCUCUUCCUCCUUCUUCUCUUCCUCCUUCUUCCUCUCUUCCUCCUUCUUCCUCUCUUCCCCCUUCUUCCUCUCUUCGUCCUUCGUCUUCAUUUCCUGCUCUGCCCUUUCCUCCGAGUCCCUCUGUUUCCUCUCCGCCGUUUUCUGAGUUUUCGCUGUCAUCGUUUAUUCGAUCAAUGCAGCGGGUGGCCGAGGAGCCCUCGCGUGUGAACUCUUCGUGGGCACCAGGCAGCGCGCCUGCUUCGGCGCGGGAGAACGCGGCUUUCGCUGUUCUUCCUUCCGGCCUGCUUUCGCAGGAAGGAAGGCCAAGGAGUCUCUCUAGGCCAUCCACGUUUGGGCUGCCUGCCGUCUCGCGCCCCCUGGCAAACGCAGCUCUCCCAGGAAUUCUUUUUCCUGCAGAGACCGAGGCCGGUCGCGGAGACGUCGCGGUGUGUGCGCGGACCGAAAACUCCACAGAGGCGGCGCGCAGAGACAGAGGGCCUUACUGCUUCAGCGCCGAUCCUCUCGCGAACAGAGACAGGGAGAGACGCCACUCUCAAGAGAGACUGAAGUUGCAGGAGGGUGUGUGGGCUUUCUGCGGAGGCAACGGUGAAAAGGAAGGAAGUGAGGAGUCCGGGGAGAGGCCUGAGUUGGCGGCGGGGGCGCGACUCCGCUGGGUCUCGGAGAGACGAGAGGCGCGGGAAAAGACGCGAGACGUUCUCGAGAAGAAGGAUGGGGUUUCCGACUUUGCUGCUCUCCGUCUUGCUCUGCUGAAGCACAGGGCGGAUCUGCGCAUGCAGUUGUGCGCCUUAGACCGAGCCGAGAAGGAGGCGGAGGAGCACCAGAGGAAGGAGCGCGAGAAGCGAGAAGCGUCGCAGCUCGCGGCCCUCGAGGCGCUGAAGAAGAAAUACAGAAUUCUCGUCCGCGACUUCUCUUUCAAUCGCCGCUUGCUCUACGCGCGAGACGCAGAACUCGACCGCGCCGAGGCCUACGCCUUGGCACUCCUCCGCGAACUGGAAAAACGAGAGAAGGAGCGCGAAGAGGCAGAACGGUCGUGGGCUCGGGACGCUGAGGAGCUCAGAGCGAAAGAGGAGAGAAGGAGACAGCGAGAGAGAGAAGAAGAGAAAGUGAAGGAGGAAGAGGAGAGAAGGAGACAGUGCGAAGAGCGAGAACGAGAGAAGCAAGAGCUUGCUCGUCUUCGCCUGAGGCUCUGGGCGGUGUGUCUGGGGGUGCGCGAGGCAGCAAGGAGAGAGAGAGAGGAGAUGAAGAGGGAGAUGGAAGAGAGACUGUCUCGUAUGCAGGAGGCAUACGAAGAGAAGCUCGAGAAACAGCGAGAAGAAGCUGAGUGUCGGCAGACCCUGGCGCUGCAGGAGGCGGAGAAAAAUGCACGACGAAACCUCGAGGAUCUGCUUCUGCAGAUGAGCAGAAGCGAAGACGCGAGAACGAAACUCACACAGACUCUGAAGGACCGAGAAGAGGACCUGAGAGCCGCAAACGAGAGAGCUGACGCGAGCAACGUCGCCCUCGCGCUCCUCGACGAGGAGGUCGCGCAUCUCAGACGCGAGCGCGAGCACGAGCGCGAACUGAGGAAGAACCAUGCCCGCGAACGAGACCAAGAACUCGAGCGACUGACUGUCGCUCACGCGCAGGAGGUCAAACGCCUCAAGCAACAACUGGCAGAGCAACACAGAGAGAGGUCUCGCGUUGCGGCAGCGGCUCGCGAGAGCCGAGCGACGGAAGGAAGGCCCGCGCAGCAGGCGAGCGAAAAGGAACUUGGCGAGACAGAAGCGCACUUGGGCGCCGACGUUCAGAUGAGGGAAGCGUGGCAGGCGAAAGUCAAGAAGGAGAUGCGAGAAGAAAUCUUGAAAGAAAUCGAACACGAACGUAACGCUCUCACUCUCCAGGCCAAAGCUCUGCAGACGCGUUCGGACCUCGAGAGCGAACUCGCAGGUGUCAGGCAGAAACUGGAACAGCGCGAGGCAGAACUCGCUCUCGCAGUCCAGGGUCGCUUUCUCGCUGCUGAGGCUCUUCAGCAAUUGCGGCUUUUCCAACCGAGCGCGGGGCGCCGAAGUCUCUCCCUCGGGCCUGUCUCUUCCUCUGAGCUUCCAGAUUCUUCUCCAGUUCUUCCUGCUUCUCCGCGUCUUCAGUCUCUGUCUUCUGCUCCGCAGAUGCCUUCUCGAGUGCCCAGACGAGACAGCGGUCAGACGGGGGCGCUUCCCUCGAGCCCCAGGGGAGCAGAAGUGUCUCCUUCUCCAGGGGCGUUGAACAGGCUGUCGACGCAGUCUGCGAGCGCGGUGGCUUCGGUGGGUUCUCAGAAGCGAGAGAACUCAGAGAACGAGAACCCGGGAAAAGUUGCUUUGUUCCCCGGAGACUUAGGAACGAUUCACGUGAGCCCGCUACAACUGUCUCCUGUCUCCGAAGGGCAUCCCUUCGCCUUUUGGCAGAUGGCGCCUGGCCGCCCUCCUCCGACCCCCGGAACGAGGCUCAGAGAAGAUCACGAGGAGAUGCCCAAAGAAAGCAGAGAGGCAGAUCGGAAGCGCGAGGAAGCAGUCCUACGGCAGUGGGUCUGUGCCGCCUGGCAGCUGCUCGCGCGGCAGCAGGGAGGCGGAGGCGGCGACGCUGGACCCGGUGGACUUCCUUGUCUCGUCUCUGGAUGUGCUCGGCGUGGAGACGAAACUGAAUCCAAGCUCAGAGACUUCGGAGACACCUGGCCGAUAACACAGAGGAAAGACGUGACCGAAGAAGACGUUGCACGCGUCAUUCAGGCUCUCAUGGUUGAAGUUGAAAGACUGGAGGCAGCGCUCGAGCCGCUCCAGAGCAAGCUGCACGCCGCCACGGCGGCCACGGCCAUGCUGCAGAAGGAGCGAAACAGGUUGAUGGAAAUCACAAAUCGACAGUGCAGUCGUCUUCACCGUCUUCUCGCGUCCACGUCUUUCUCGCGAGAUGAACGACCGCUGAAAUACGAACAGCCUGGUGGGGGAAGUGGUGGGGGCGACGACGGAGCGUCUCGAGCGCAGGAGUGCGACGCGGAAGAGCGGCGAGAGCAUGAGGUGUGGGUGUCGCCUUCCCGGCAACAGACAGGAAAAGAGGAGACGGACGCGAGCAACGCCUGUGGACGAGCUGCGGCCAGAGCAGAGGAACAGACGCGGCCCAGGAACGGAAAAGAAAAGGGACAGGGCGAGAUGGCUCUGCGAGUCACUGGAGCCUCUGCGUGUUUCUGGCCUCCGCCGAGACGCACUCUGUCUGAGAGACGGAGAGGCAGGCGAAGCGUCUCAGCCGGAAGGAGAACCGUGCAUGCGAAGGUGGCAAGCCAAGAACUUCGGCAAAAAUCUCCUUGGAUGCCGCCGCUUUCCUCCACCGGAUGUGUCAAUUCCAACGGAGGCGUCUUCAGAGAAAAGCGUGCCAAUGGAAGUGUGCUGCGAUAUUAUAGCGAAGUGGCAGGUCCUGAUGGUCCACAGGAGGGAAAGCAGAAUGCGGGGGGUCCCCACUUUUCCAGAAAAGAAGAAAGUGUCGUUGACACCAGGAAGGAGACUGGGCAGGUGCAGAAGCGUUCCGGGAUCUGUACACUCGGGCCCGUCACGAAUGCGCCGCUCCUGUGGAUUGUGCAGCGGCAGCAAAUGGACGAAAACAAAGUCCCCCAUGGAAAGCACCGUGGCUGAAGCAAUGCCAGUCCAGAUUCGCGACACAGCGCGAUUUUUUUUCAGUUCAGGAAUUCAUGUGCCACAGAUCGUGCAGCGGAAACCCACUGAUAGCUUCAAUCUGUCUAGAAUUGUCAAGCUUACCGUGCUCUCUCUACUUGAUAUGCCUUUCCGGCAUGCAUUGCUUUUCCGUUACUCAGCCCCGGGUUUCGUUUUCGAUCUGUUCAGCAUACGGGCAACGCCACAUCAAAAUAUCGGCUGUCGCCUGCUCUCGCAAAACAAAGUCGGGAAUGAUAGAAGCACCAAGAGUGAAGAACACAGUGCAUUUCAUCUGUGUGUUUCAUCGACGAUGACGUGGACAGAAUGUCACUGCUUAAGUAGAAGUCAAUCGACAUGCUGGCCUGCU